GGAGGGUGUCGUUUUCUACCAAGACUUGAGGGAAAAAACGGCACAAGGAAAGCCGGACGGAGGUUUGUCAGGAAAAACGGCUCCAGAGCGGCUCCACCGGGAUGUAAAUCCGUUUUACUGGAGCUUCUAAAGGAGGAUUUAAUCAGUUAAGGUUUUUAAGAGACCACAGUGGACAAUGUUCUCCUGAGUCCCACCUUUGCCUUCAUCAUGAAUCACACUCCCAACUCCCACCUGUCUGACGGUGGUAAAUCAACUGGAGGCGGCCUGUUAUGCAGCCUUGGUCUGGGUUCCGACCGGGGUAUCCGCUCCCCAGACAGCCUCACUCAUACGCCGAGCCCUACUGGAGGAACGCCAAGCUCCAGCCCGCCACUGCUGCUGUCGCCCGGGCUCGGAAGCCUCGGAGGCUUCGGGCUGGGCUCCCUGGGAUCCAUGGGUGAGGGGGCGGGGGCUGACUGGGAGAGCAGGGAGGAGCUGAGGCUCAGGGAGCUGGAGGAGGCUCGUGCCAGGGCGGCCCAGAUGGAGAAGACCAUGAGGUGGUGGUCAGACUGCACUGCCAACUGGAGGGAAAAGUGGAGCAAGGUUCGUGCAGAGCGAAACAGAGCUCGCGAUGAGAUCCGUCAGCUGAGGCAGCGGCUAGACACCCUCACCAAGGAGCUGACCGGCGUCCGACGGGAACGGCAGGAACUGGCCUCUGAAAACGAGACGCUACGGCAGGAGACGCUCCGUCUCCGUGGUGACAAGAUGGCUCCACCUACCACUUCUCCGUCUUCCUCUCCUUCACAUCCACACGGUGCUUCCUCCUUCUCUGUUUCCCCAUCCUCCCCGGUUUCCUCCUCUUCCUCUAAAGGCCACCCUGACUGCAAGCUUGAUGGGGUUAGGGAGGGACCACCAGGAUCUCCAGAACCAGAACCAGUGAGGGACGUGGAUUUGGACGAACAGAAGCUGGGUCAACAGAAGGACCUGGAGCUGCUGGAAUCAGUCCUGCGUUCGGGAGCUCCAGAGGUCUGGGACGGUUGUGGCGUCAACCCAUCCGGCUCACGUCCGUGCUCUGGUCUGAGCCGGCAGGAACGUAGCAGGCAGCUGUGGGAGGACAUGAGCACCAUGGAGGAAGACUCCAGCAAACUCAACGCUCUGCAGCUUCGCCUCGAUGAGUCCCAGAAAGUCCUGCUGAAAGAGAGAGAAGACAAGCUAGCUCUGAGUAAGAGCAUCGAGAGGCUGGAGGCUGAGCUCAGUCAAUGGAAACUUAAAUAUGAGGAGCUCAGUAAGAGCAAGCAGGAGGCCCUCAAACAGCUGAACCUGUUGAAGGAAAUGCAUCAGGACGAACUCGGCCGCAUAUCUGAAGACCUGGAAGAUGAACUGGGAGCUCGCACCAGCAUGGACAAGAAACUGGCCGAGCUACGAGCUGAGAUGGAGAGGCUGCAGGUGGAGAACGCUGCAGAGUGGGGGCGCAGAGAGCGUCUGGAGACGGAGAAACUGGCCCUGGAGAGGGACAACAAGAAACUGAGGGUGCAGGCUGAAGACCUGGAGGAGCAGCUGGCAAAGAAACGCCGGCAGGCUGCCUCUGCCCUUGACACGGACCUCAAGGCCAUCCAGACUGAGCUGUUUGAGAGGAACAAGGAGCUGGCUGAUCUUCGCCACGUCCACGCCAAGCUGAAGAAGCAGUUCCAGGAGAAGACGGCAGAGCUCGCCCAUGCUAAUCGGAGGGUGGAGAGCCACGAUGCUGAAGUCAAAAAGCUUCGACUGAGGGUGGAGGAGCUCAAGAAGGAGUUGGGACAGGCAGAGGACGAGCUGGACGAGUCUCAUAACCAGACGAGGAAGCUGCAGAGGUCUCUGGAUGAGCAGGUGGAGCAAACUGAGAAUCUACAAGUACAACUGGAACACCUCCAGUCAAGACUUCGACGGCAGCAGCAGAGUCCUGGCUUAUUCGGGAAGAUGAGAUCUGCUCGAUUCAGUACUGAAAACCCUGAUGGUCCAAGCAGCGACAUAGACGAGGAGGAGGAAGAACUGCAACUCCAGAUCCCAUAAAGACUUGCUGGAGCAGUAACGUAUAGAUCAGGAAGAAUGGGUGAAAACACUAACCAGCAGCAUUUACUGCAGAGCCCUUAAAACAGCUGCAUCACUAGAAGACUCUGAGAAAUCACAUGAUGCACAAGUGGAAAGUUUUCACUCCGCUGCAACCUGAUAAGCACAUCCAAUCCUUACACACACACACACACACACACACACAGUGUAAUACAGUAUAAAACUGGUGCACGCACACAGAACAUGAAACCCAGCUGGAGUGUGACGGGAUAUCCAGACAGUGUGAUCCUGAGUGAAAGGAUCUUCCUCAGAGCUGCUCCAUCAUUUUCAUUCAUACCUCAUAUCACCAAGCAUCGCAGCUUCCCUCUCUGAACACGCCUCUGCACCGUGUCAUACUUCACCCACGCUGGGCGUGUUCUGCCCCGCCCAGAGUUUCAACUUUAUUUAUGGACCACAAGCCCUCAUCAGAUUUUACGCAUUGCUGAGUCUCCUGUAUGUUAUUCAGUCUUUUUCUUUCAGAUUUCGAGCAUGUAAAAUCUUUCUGAUGUGUUUGAAGCUCGUAACCAGUUCUGGGAACAUGCUCCACAGAUUUCUGCUGCUUUCACCAACACACAGAUACAGACGAGACAAACAUGAGCUAAAUGAACAAACAAGACUAUAAUUCCAUGAAAGAAGACAAGAAUGAAAAUAUCCAGGCUUUAACAAAUUGUUUUAAGAUAUUUCUCACAUGUCCAAACUUUCAUUUAUUAAGUAAAAAAAACUCCAAAGCAACCUGUUGAUGCUUCUUUCUGUUGUUUCUUACUCAGAGAAAAACAGUCUGAAAACAAGAGAAACUAAACACAAUUCUUCUGAAUCCUUUUUUGUUCCUUAAAACAAGGUGAAAUGAAGACAAGUUUUUUAUUAAUCUGAGGGAAAGUAAAUGUGGUCUGCAGCUCAUUUACAUAAAUCAUGUCACACUCAUUAUUUUACAAAGAUAACCACUAAAACACCAGCAGCACAGUUAAUCCAUACUAAAAGGCAUAUGAAACACAAACAAUAAAGUAAAAUAGACAUAAUCCGUCCUUUACAUUCACAUUCUCCCCCAAUAUAAAAUUAAAUCAAUAAUAAUAAUAAUGGAUUUGAUUUAUACAGCUCUUUUUAAGGCAGCCAAGGGGUUUUACACAGUCCCGUGUAGUCGCAGCAGACUGACGGAAACAUGGCGGCUGAUCCACGCCACCACCGAACAUCCAUACACCAGCGAUGCCGACAAGAACGGUGAAGUGUCUUUAUUUUUCACAAAUCACAAUUUCAAACACCGCAAAUCGCAAAGGAGUCUGAUCCAGGUAUGAAACCUGCAGCGUUUCAAAGCUUUUUACAGCGUUUCACAGCGUCCCCUCCUUCUAUCAAUCAAUCAAAGUUUAUUCCUAUAGCACCUUACAUCACUCAAGCUGACCAAGGUGCUUAAUAUUAUCAAACAAAGAAAUACUAAUACACAUUAAAAUAAAGGAAAUAUAAUAGAAAGUGGUAAAAGCACAAAGCCAAUUAAAACUAAUAGAUCACACGGAAAGUACUAAAAGUACAAAACACAUUAAAACAAAAUACUACAA